GUUUUAUUCUAAAAAAACCUUCAGUCGCCAUUUUGUUUUAUUUUUCAUUUAUUUUCAUGCGUCACGUCCAGUUUAUCAAUCGCGUUUUUGGGUCAGCUAGCUCACAGGCUUCCGUAGCGCUGCGCUGGCUCCUAGCUUCAGUUCUGCGCAGAAACGCGUCGUUUAAACCGUAACAACGAAAAGUGUGUGCGUCAGAAAUGAGCCGAAGUUACAACGAUGAGCUGCAGUUUCUGGACAAACUGUCCAGUAACUGCUGGAGGAUCAAGAAAGGCUUCGUCCCCAACAUGCAGGUCGAAGGGAUUUUCUACGUCAACGACUCUCUGGAGAAGCUGAUGUUUGAGGAGCUUCGUAACGCCUGUCGAGGAGGAGGGUUCGGUGGCUUCCUUCCUGCCAUGAAGCAGAUUGGAAACGUGGCGGCGCUGCCCGGGAUCAUUCACAGGUCGAUCGGGCUCCCAGACGUCCACUCCGGAUACGGGUUUGCGAUCGGAAACAUGGCGGCUUUCGACAUGAACGACCCUGAUGCUGUGGUGUCUCCAGGUGGCGUCGGCUUCGACAUAAACUGCGGCGUCCGUCUCCUGAGGACGAACCUGGACGAGCGUGACGUGCAGCCUGUGAAGGAGCAGCUCGCUCAGAGUCUGUUCAACCACAUCCCGGUCGGAGUCGGGUCCAAGGGCGUCAUCCCCAUGAGCGCCAAGGACCUGGAGGAGGCGCUGGAGAUGGGGGUGGACUGGUCUCUGAGGGAGGGGUACGCCUGGGCCGAGGAUAAGGAGCACUGUGAGGAGUACGGCCGGAUGCUGCAGGCCGACCCCAACAAGGUGUCCUCUAAGGCCAAGAAGAGAGGCCUCCCCCAGCUCGGAACUCUGGGAGCAGGAAACCACUACGCUGAGAUCCAGGUGGUGGACGAGAUCUACAACGACUACGCCGCCAAGAAGAUGGGCAUCGACCACAAAGGUCAGGUGUGUGUGAUGAUCCACAGCGGCAGCAGAGGCCUCGGACACCAGGUGGCCACAGAUGCUCUGGUCGCCAUGGAGAAGGCGAUGAAGAGGGAUAAGAUCGUGGUGAACGACCGUCAGCUGGCGUGCGCUCGCAUCACGUCACAGGAAGGUCAGGACUACCUGAAGGGCAUGGCUGCGGCGGGAAACUACGCCUGGGUCAACCGCUCGUCCAUGACCUUCCUCACCAGACAGGCGUUCUCUGAAGUCUUCAGCACGACGCCGGACGACCUGGACAUGCACGUCAUCUACGACGUGUCUCACAACAUCGCCAAGGUGGAGGAGCACAUCGUGGACGGGAGACAGAAAACGCUGCUCAUUCACCGCAAAGGCUCCACCAGAGCGUUUCCUCCGCACCACCCGCUCAUCCCCGUCGACUACCAGCUCACAGGUCAGCCGGUGCUGAUCGGAGGGACGAUGGGAACCUGCAGCUACGUCCUGACGGGGACCGAUCAGGGGAUGACGGAGACGUUCGGCACCACCUGUCACGGAGCGGGACGCGCUCUCUCUCGAGCGAAGUCCCGCAGGAACCUGGACUUCCAGGACGUCCUGGACAAACUCGCCGACAAGGGCAUCGCCAUCCGAGUGGCUUCACCCAAACUGGUCAUGGAGGAGGUGAGAAAAAC